GAAAUCGGUAGAUGCGCACGAAAGUCAAGAUUUUAAACUCACGUUUGUUAUGGUUGAAUACAACUAUUUCAGUAUUGAAUACUAAUGAAACAUUUUAAUAUUUUAUUAUAACAAAGAAUUUACAUACGUUGGAUAUUUUGUUGUUAUCCUAGAGUUGUGUGUACAUCGUUUAAUUUGUUACAAUAAAAAGUAUAGUAAUGGGUGCCACUGUCAGUAAGGAUACUGAACUGGAAAAUGCCUUGUCAAAAUUGGACGAAGGACAGCAAGAAAAAUUAGAAGCAGUCUUUGACAGUUUGUCAAGUAAUAAUAUAUUAGAUGCUUGCAAAUUCAAGAACCACCUAUCACCAUAUUUUCCUGCAAACUUCACUGAUCGAAUCUACAAUACUUUCAAACACAACACACAUGAAAAAAGGGUCUCUACAAUGGAAGUACAGAAAAGAGACUUUAUGGUUGGCAUUUCUAAACUAUUGAAGGGUUAUUUAAAUGAGAAGGCUUUGAUACUGCAUGCCAUGUCGACAACAAACAAUCAAUCAAACCGUCAAGCACUGUUUGAGUUGUGCCAGAUAUUGGUGAAAGCGUACAUCAAAGCAGUCGAGAAAUCCAGUGUGGGAUUAUCAUUCAUGAAAGCUGGAACAACUCAGGAGGCAAAUAAAAACCUAGCAGAGCAGUUAACCAGCUGCAUUCCAGAAGAGAAGCAUGGAAAUAUGACUAUUGAUGAUGUUGAAACAUGGAUACGAAAAGAAGUACUCGUGAUGCGACUUUUUGAAGAUGUUUUUAAGGCGUGUUUUUUUGGAGCUGAUAGUAUUUUAGACACUCAAAGACAUGGUUUGAAGGAAGGAUGUGAACCUAGUGUUGAGCAUGUGCCAAGAACUGAUAUUCUUCUGCCAUGCAAGUUAGAUUUCCAAGGCCAUAACAUUGAGACUAUCAUAGAUAUCCCUGCAAUGCUUCGAUUAAACCAUGCUGUACCACUAGAAUGCAGACACAACUGGCGACUGUUGUUUGCAACAUCUUGCCACGGCAAAAGUUUUACAACUUUCCUGCAUCAAAUAGUGUAUCAAGGUCCUACUGUACUGCUGGUCAAAGACAGAGAGGGUGCUGUUUUUGGUGGCUUCGCUUCAACCAGCUGGAGAGUGAAGUCUAAUUUUGAAGGUGAUAAAGAUUGUUUUGUGUUCACAAUGAAACCAUCUAUGGCUAUCUACCAUCCAACUGGGAUCAAUGACCAUUAUAUGUAUCUAAAUAUUGGCAUGAAGACCAUACCCAAUGGUUUGGGUAUGGGAGGCCAAUUUGAGUAUUUUGGCUUAUGGCUGGAUUCAGAAUUUGGUCCAGGUCAUAGCAAAGCUCGCCCCAAGUGUACAACAUAUGGUAACCCUCAGUUGUCAGCCUCUGAGGAGUUUGAGAUUGAAGAGAUUGAAGUGUGGGGUGUUGGUGUCCCACCUGAACAAGAGGAGAGCAAACGAAGUGUUUUGGAUCGAGAAACAGAUGCUCAAGCCAUCUUGGAUUUGAUUGGUAAAGAAAGAAAGAGUGAUGGAUUUCGUGAACCUGAAGACAUGGAAUAAAAAUUAUAUUUAUAUA